AUGGACAAUGAGUUGCUUCAGAAAUGCAUACUGUUUUUGGUACUAUAUGAAUUGUCGAGACUCCUUACCCCAAUUCAUCGCUUACCUUUAAGGAUCGGGGGUGAAAGUGGAUCAGCAUAUAUAACAAGGUUGUUAACAGUUCAUCCUGGUUUGUUUAAAGAGCAACUAAGAUUAGAUAGGGAUAUGUUUGUGCAACUAGUCCAAUUGAUGAUAGAAAAAAAAUUAUUAUCGGACGGAAGGUUUGUAAAAGUGGUUGAACAAGUAGGAAUUGGUCUAUUUAUAUCGGCAAGAGGGGCAUCUCAACGCCAAGCUGCUGACACAUUUAAGCACUCAAUAUCCACAAUUAGCAAAUAUUUCAGAAGGGUGUUGCAAGCAUUGACAAGAUUGUCAUGUGAUUUAAUUCGUCCUUACCAAGAUUUGGCCGAUACACCACCAGAAGAUUGUGUUGGUGCUUUAGAUGGAACUCAUAUUAGUGCAGUUGUGUCCGAUGGUGAUGGUCAACCGUUUCGAGGACGUAAAGGAACUAAAACUUGGAAUGUACUAGCCUCAUGCUCUUUUAAUAGGUUAUUCACAUUUGUCAAUGUUGGAUAUCAAGGAAGUGCUCAUGAUAUAACGGUGUGGAGAAAUUGCUUAACUGAUCCUAAAUUCGAAUUUCCACACCCUCCUCUAGGAAAAUAUUAUUUAGUGGAUUCUGGUUAUCCUAACACACUCGGUUAUUUGAGUCCAAUUAAAGACAAGCAGACAAGGUGUUUUGGCAACGUUAAGGGGCAAUGGAAAAUUUUGAAAAACAUGCCACAAAUGUCUCAAACAUAUCAAUUAUCAAUCAUCUUAUCAACGUUUACUCUUCAUAAUUUUAUCCGAUUGUACACUUUAGGGAUACCAAUUUCAGAAAGGUGUGCAAAUGUUGAGCCUAGAGCGGAAUACUCCAUAUUUGAUGAAGGUAGGAAAGCUCAGAUGGAUAUAGUACAAAAUCAGAUAGCAGAACAUAUUUGGCAAUCAGUUAGGGACAUCGAGGAAGAAAAUCAUCAUAUGGACGUUGAAUAA